AUGCCCGGCCUGAUUAUAUGGUUACAACGUGUACUCCUCUUGUGGCUAACACAUCUGCCCCGAUAUUAUUCAAUUUGCGCACCGCAGCUGGAUGUGACCAAAUUUCAGUGUUCCCAUAUGCGUCUGAUUGAGGUGCCUGGAAAUAUCAAUCGACAAACCGAGGAGUUGGAUUUGUCCAAUAAUUUAAUUGAAGUGUUGCACGAGGACAGUUUCCAUCGAUUGCACUCGCUACGACGUCUUGUGCUGAGUCAUAACAAAAUCUACAAGAUCACUGAGCGUGCAUUUUUAGCAGUCGCACACACUCUGACCUAUCUGGAUUUACGUAACAAUCAGAUCAUGUCGAACAGUAUAACCAGUUUCCCGGUGACUGCACUUGCCCCACUCAUUCAUCUGACUCACUUGGAUCUAUCCGGCAAUCCAAUGGCCGUAAUCCCCACGGGGUUUUUGCGUUAUAUGGGUGCCAAUUUGACCCAACUGGAUCUGAGCGCCAUACCGAUGAAAGUUCAAAUCCAACCCGGUGCAUUUCGUGGUUUGGCCCGAUUGCAUCGAUUGAAUUUUGCCGGGAACUCAUUCGCUGACUUUAAUGAGGAGUCGUUCGAGGGACUCCGACCGGCUCAGUUUUCCCAACUCAGUUUGCACGGGGUU